CAGUAGGUAAAAAUAAGAUGGUUAAUUUAAUGCACUUUUUAAACAGUAAUGUCUUCUUGUAUACCAUGGAGUACCUCAAACUUCUCUUAAUUUUUAAGGUGAGAAAGUUAUAGGAAGAGAGAAGCUGAGGACUUUGAGAACUUGCAGUGGAAGUGAGUGGUGUGGGUUACUGCUGAGGAAGAGGGCUCAAGUGUUUGUACCAUGGCAUUGGAAAAGAACAGUGAUGUUAAAAGCAAAAAAAGAUGCUUCAAUCAGACCUUCCUUCUUUCUUCUUACUCUGAGAAAGCUGAGCACAUGCUCAUCGGCGAUGUUGCAGCAGGACCCAACCACUCUGGUUUUGGCCAGGCAUGUUCUGCCAAUGUUCCUGAAUUAAAGUUCUCAGAGGAAAAUUUACCGUACUUAGUUUCAUAUUCAGAUGCAGAAAUGUGUAAUAAAAAGAGGAUGGGAAUUUGUUGUGCAAAGGUAGAUGAAAGCAAGAAAGAAGCUGAUGGGUUGGAAGGCGCAUCUGAUGAUACACACUUCAAUUGCGGGGGGUGUGACCAUUGCAGACAAAGAUAUUUGAGUGAAGAUUCACAGCUAGAGUAUCUCAGUGCUCACGAGCAAGAUUGUGAUGAUGAGAAUAGCUCGAGUGAGUUUUCUGAACUAAGGGUAACUACAGGAAUUGAAACCUUACGUCUGAUAGACCCCAUUCAUGAAGUUGCAGGGGGUGGAGUCACACACAAACAAAAUCUCACAGACCUGUUAGAAGUAUAUGCUUCUGAGUAUAUCAUAGAUGACCAGACCUGCCCAGAAGCAGCUAUGCCAGAGCUUCCCCACCUGCUUCAGGACUCUCUGUCUCUGCAAGAUUGCAGUGGCAUGACUUGUGAUCAUCAGGAAGAGCAAACAGAGUAUUGUAGUGUUGUUUGUGGAAAUAUACUUGAAAGUCAUUCUCAUGGGGUCUGUCCAAAUCUGUUUGUAUAUGAUAGUUUAGAAGAUGGAGAGGUGAAAGACAUGUCACUGAUUGAUGGCACGCUGCCACCCCAAAUGGCUGUAGCUGAAGAAAUGUCUGCAAAAACUCAGAGACAUCGACAGCACCUCGGCGAAGCAAAGCAAUCUGUCUCUGAGAGAAAGGGCCCCUGCAGUACCAUGCAAGUCUGCAAACAUGCAAAGGACUUGGAUUUCUGCAGUUGUGAAGAAUCUGGCAUGUGCACACAUGGUACCACCUGCACUGACUGCACUGCAAAGGAUGCUGAAACCCAUAUUGCAAUCUCUGAAAUUCUCACUAGCAAGAAACCUUCUUUUUGGGCAGAACUUGCAGAUAAACCCUCCUUUGGAAAUCUCAGCUCUCUGAACUCAGAGCUGGAGCAUUGUGAAAGCUUGAUAAACACUGCCUGUGCCUCUGCAGUUAACCAGGUUGUUGAUGUUUGUUCUGACUUUAGAGCUUGCUUUACAGCAAGCAGAAGUACCUGUGCUCAGGUUCGUCUCUUAUCCAGGGCUAUUAAUACAGAGAUAACAAUGAUGAACACAUCUCGACAGACGGGAUGGUGCUGUGAAAACUGUGCAGAUGUUGCUUGCAAUACAGACUGCUCGUAUGAAGCUGGUAGUACAGAGGAAAUUCAUUCACGGGUUACUGACACGCGGGAAGAACCCUCAGAUGGCAACGCUGCAAUAGCUGAAAGAAGUUCACGAAUUCAGGAACAGCAGGAACCCAAAACUGAGACAAGUGGCAGUGUCUUACAGAUAAGCACUGACAGGUUGGUACACCUUGAUGAACAAGCUGUGGAGAAUUCUGCAUCAACUGACUGUCAAAAAGUACUGGAGAGAGCGAUCAAAGCAGAAUUGCAGAUUCUGAAUGUUCAUUUUCAUAUGUGUUAUCAGCACUGCUUGAAGAUUUACAAACUGGCUCUGGAGGAAAACAGAUGUUUUAUCAGAUUUAAUGAAAAAUCAGAAUUAGAUUCAUCUCUCUCACUGGUUUUGGAAGACCUAGAAAAGAAUUACAACAGUAUGAAAAUGAAAAUAAAAAUGGGUGCACCUUUAAGUGCACUUUCUCCGCUAUCAGUUGAGAUGAAGUUUUUCCAAAUCUACUCUUCAUACGUCCCCUCCAAGUUGUUCAGAGAGGAUCUCUGCACUGAUUCUGUUUCAGGCAAAAGAAAAUCCGAUUCUAAAGCAUCAGAACUGCAAGAAAGGAAGAUUUCUGACACCAUGGACAAACCACAGGUUGAAGGUUUAACUGAUGGAGGUGAGCCAAGUGACUCUGCUUCAUCCAAGACUUUGGAAGAACAACCUAAAGAUCAGGGUGAGGAACGUGGCUGUGUGAAAAAUGAAGAAGGGAAUGAAGAUUGGUUUGAUGCUAAAGAGAACUUGACAGUAGCAAAUUCUUCAGUAAUAGCCAAAGACACAAAAAACCAAGAAGACACAGUUGAUUUAAGAGGAGCAAAGAGUGGAAGUGAGUAUCCUUUUCUUCACGUUGAUGGCCUAAAUUCCUCAGUGUCAGAGGCUGAUCUAAGAUCACAUUUCCAGAAGUAUCAUAUUUGUGACAUUCUUGUCUUUGCGGAAUCUAAUAACUGCAGAUGCGCACUUAUUUCCUUUGAAGACAUUAAUAAAGCCAAGUUAGCUGUAGAGGAAAUGAACCAGAAAAAGAUAAAAGGAAAAGAAAUAACUGUUAAAAUUGUAACUACUGUACCAGAGAGUAAAUAUGUGGUUUCCCAAGUGCUUAAAAAUACGUUUUUGCGUGAAAUCCAACCUGCUGAGAAGAGUCAGAGAAAUGAUCAAAGUAACACACUCACUUCAGCCUCCAGUGCUGUGGAAGCCCCCGUCACUGCUUCUGCUUCUGAGAAAAUAACUUCUUCAAAAACCUCUUGCUCUACACAUGUACCUUCAGAAACAAAGUGCCCUGAUGGCAAACCAUCUACUGAAGAUCCUUAUUUGCUUGAAGUUAAACAAAAGGAUACUGGAGAAAACUUCCUGUUCAAAACAUCUUCUUACUCCAGUAAGUCAUAUGAUGCCUUUGUUUUACCUGAUAAAUUGAACUUGAGCAGUUUUACCAAAUUAGUUGAGAAACUUAGAGGACUUCAUCCACAGGCAAGCAGAGAUGCAAUUUUGGCUGCUUUGCUGGAGGUGAGGAAAAACAACAAUGGUAUCCUAAGUGGCUUGUCCAUCAAUACCAUUGUGGCAAGGACCUCUGCCCUUCUAAGGAAACCCAGUCAGAAGUGAGAAAAGGCAUGUAAAUAAGUGGAUAUUCUAGCCUACAGAAAUACAUUGAAAUACCUUUCCCCCUAUCCCCAAAUUUGUGUAGCUGUACAGCCUGACUAGAUUAGUAAGUAACUUAGUAUAAAGCUCUGAAAGAAGGAUGUGAAUGAAUCCACGGAAGCAAUAGCUUCUCAGCAUCACUUGCUGUUUAGCAGAACAUCUGUAAACAGGCUGGCUUGCUAGCUCUGUGCACUCUUUAAGUAUACUGCUGGGCUUAUUAUGUCAAC